GACUGUCUUCCGCCUCAGUCGGCACUGAUCUCUUAUUGUUCACCGCGAACCAGCACAGAAAGAUGUAUUUGACUUCAGCGUCCUUGUCUCGAAAAGUCUGUCACACGAACGCUGUUUGAAGAACGACGCGUUUAUGAAUUCUGCGGUCUGCGGAGAGUCUGCCCACAAAGUGCCCGGAUGCGCUAGUGGUCAAGAUUUGUGAAAAAAGAGCCAGCUAUCAUGGAUGAUCAGGAGAACUAAAGCAUCAGUGAUCUACGUUUGAGAAGGAGGAACCAACGCUGUCAUGGCACAUAAAGGCAAAAUGAAGAGUCAGGAUGAGGAUCUGCCACCUGACAUCAAGGAUUGGAGUAAACAUCAAGUGAGAGAAUGGGCUCUCAAGUUGGACGAUGUAGAUGACGGUGUUGCAGAGAUACUGUUACAACAGGACAUUAAUGGGCCUAGUCUUUUGCUUUUAGAUACAGAAGACUUCAAAAAAAUCGGAGUGACUUUUGGACCAGCAAAACUUCUCAUUCAUGCCAGAGAUGAAAUAAUGAAAUUAAAGAAAGAGGAGGCAACAAGCGCAACAAAUCUGCCUAGAGGAGCAUGCAAGCCCUAUCCAUUCUGUAAGUACGAUGAUACAUAUAGAUACAUGGAGAGCGACAUUCUUGAUAUUACGGAAUCAGGCGCCUCAGACUCAAUUGAACCCUGCCAUGAGUAUAAAGCUUUCAACAAUGCAACAGAUGAAUCUACAAUGACCAGGUUAACUGAAGAGGUUAUCCGCUUUGCAGCUGCCUGCAUGAACAGCUGCACCAAUGGCACCAUUCAUUUUGGAAUAGGAGACGAACCAAACUUCAGACACGGUCAGGUGUUGGGAGUGGUUGUAAAGGACAGAGAGGCUUAUGCAAUUAAACUAAAUUCUGCCAUUGAUUAUUUUGAGCAUAAACACAAACAGACUGCUCAUAGUUGCAUCAAACCUCCUAGAUUUGUUGGAGUUCUCAAUAGGAAUGAGACAUCAUCUGACAAAUGGGUGAUAGAAGUGGACAUAGUCCCUGACUCUACAAUGUGUGAAGAAAACAUCUACCACACUUUCAACAUGGACACAAAAAAAGCCAAGAAAAAAGCAAAAGUUAAAGAAACAGCCACAGCUGAAACAAGACCAUCGAAACAAUUCUUUGUCCGAGACGGCGGUAGUAGCAGGGAUCUCCUCGCACCGAACACAUCUGCCAAACCGAUGGAAGAGUACAACCAGUUUAUUGCCGGUCAGGCACAGCGAGCACAACGCCGAAAAGAAGCUCAAGAGAAGCACCUUAAUGUGAUAAAAAGCAGUACUCAGGGCUCCAGAUUGAGUCAGAUGAUAACUGGUGGAUCCUCGUCUUUAGAUAAGUCACACUUUGAGCAGUAUGUGAUAGUAACUAACAAAUCACAUCCAAUCCACUUUGAAUCACUAGGAUUUCUUGUAGAGCUCAACCCAAUAGCGGUUUUGGACUUUGAUCCAGAAUCAGCUAAAGAUGGGUUACAAUGUCACUUUGAACAACUGAGCACAGUGAAUGUCCAUUUACCAGAACAGUAUAAAAUCACAGAAGGGGUUGAGGACAUUGCCAACAAGUUGAAAUUAACUCGAACCACCAGCUGGGUAUUCUGCAAUGGAGGGAUUCAGGGUGAGGCCCCGUCAGACAUAGACGAGUGGUUGAUGGACAAGGGCUCCUCUGUUCGAGAUGUGAUUUCUUUCCUGUGUCGAAAAGAUGUGCUUCCAAACAAGAGAUUUCUUGUAAUUUUCUUACUUUGGUCAACAGUGAGUAAAAACAUGGACCCUCUUGUUGAGACUUUCAGUACGUUCUGGCAGGAGCUCAGAGGCACAGAGCAGAUCCUUUGUAUAUGUGACAAUGAAAAAGCAUUUACCUCCUGGAAGAACCUAGUUGAUGCUCGGUGUGGAAUCGACAUUGCUCGUAGAUGCAUAUAUGAGCUCGGUUUUACUGAAGUCAACGGCACUGUCCUUAGUCUUUUGUCAAAAAACCGUAGAUCCAGCCGUUUCCUACCAUGUGGCGGGGGAAGUAAUGUGCUUCUUGAGAAGAAAGUGGAGCGUGACUUGAAAACCUUGGAGGUACUAUGUGUGAACCAAUGUGAAGGAGGAAAUGAGGACAAAAUGGUCAUAGAGGAGAACUUCUACAAAGGAGGACAAGUGUCAUGGUGGAAUUUCUACUUUUCAGAGCAGCCUGGAUCUACACCAUUUAUCAAACGAGACACGUUUGACUUCAUCAAGGACACAGUCAUACCAGAUUUGUGCUCCCUGGGUAAAGCCUGCGUGUCGUUCAACCUCAUGCAUGUACCCGGAUGUGGUGGGACAACUUUGGCCAUGCAUACUUUAUGGACUCUCCGGCACAAAUUCCGUUGUGCUGUCCUCAGAGACAGCAACGCAGACUUUGCUGAAGUCGCUGGUCAAGUCGUCAAACUUUUAAUGUAUGACCAUGAGGAGCAAUUACCACGGGUCCCUGUCUUGCUGAUGAUAGAUCACUUUGAUGAUAAGGAAAAAGUAUUUGACUUGCAGCGGGCCAUUGAUGAAGAAUGUACGAAGAAAAACAUUCAGUCUAAGUCUGCACAGGUAAUUCUCCUGAACUGUAUGACGUCAGAGUCCUCUGAACAGACUAAUCAAACUGAGGAGACAGUAUUCAUUGGAAACAAUCUCUCUGAGACGGAGCAAAAACUGUUUGAGGAAAAACUUAGAGAUAUAGAGAAAAAACACAAGGAUGCAGACACGUUCUAUGGAUUCAUGAUCCUGAAGAAUAAUCCUUCUCUUAAUCCAGAGUAUGUUCAGGGUGUGGCCCGCAAAACUCUGAAGAGCUUCAACAUGAAUCAGAAACAUGCACAACUCCUGGCUGUUUUAGUUCUGUUGAAUGUAUACUGCAAGAGGGCCUCUCUCUCCGUCUCUCUGUGUGAGGACUUUCUUGGUCUUCAACCAAAACCAGUCUGUGGAACCAUCAAAGUCGAAGAAGGAUUUGGGAAAUUUUCCACUUUUAUUGCCACCUGCUCAGUUGAGGGUAAGGUCGUUUUUAAAGCUGUGAAAAUGAUCCAUUCAAGAAUUGCAAGUCAGUGUUUGCAGGAACUCACAACAACACACAAUGUGAACAAAGCUGAGAUUACUGACCUUCUGCUGACUACAGACCAGCUUUAUGAGAGCACACAAGGCAAAGACAAACUCCUGCAAGACGUUCGCCACAUUCUGGUGAAGAGAGAUUAUUCAGAGGAGGAAUCUAAGUUUUCUCCACUAAUUCAACACAUUGCAAGAGAAACCCCAGGACUGGAAGAGAUGGUGCUACAAAAUGCAUCAAAAAGAUUUGCGAAAGAUGCAGUUGUCUCUCAGUUACUAGCCAGGUACUAUUACCUAAAAAAGACGGAUUUCUCAGAGGCACAAGUUUGGGCAUUGAGAGCAAGAGAUCUAUCCAAAGACAGCUCGUAUUUCGCCGACACCUCAGCACAAGUUAUCAAGCAUGAGCUGAAGAAUGCCAUUGCAAACCACAAGGAAGAACCUGUAAGUUCUGAAAAAUUAAAAAUCUUUCUAAAAAUAGCUCAGUCAGCAAUAGAAGCAUUCAAGGAAACACAGAACCUUGCCAAGAAAGAGUCAAGUCAGGGAGUACGCUCUUUUAAUACAGCAGGGUGUCUGGGAGAAAUUCAGGUCGGAGUACUUGUCAUUAAAGUGCUGGAAAAGACCCCCGUAUUUUCUCAUGACAAUGUCCGCCAUGACAUAAUGAGUGAGGUUCUCUCUGGAGUUGUGAAACUUCAGGCUGUAGAGACAAAUGAUAAACGACGCAACAAGCACACACAAUACUACAAAAUCCUCCAACAGUUUGAGGAUGUGCUCUGCACCCUCAGAUAUAGGAUGAAGAUGAACUUUGACUUCCUUGACACUUUUUAUGUGAACUUGGGCUCCACAGCUGGAAUGAAAGACAGCCGUGAGCAAAGAUUCCUAAAUGAGCUUAUCAGAUGCUUCAAAGAGUAUGCAAAGCUUUUCUGCAAGACUGAUUCUGCAGCUCUCUUGAGGAAUAAAACCAUGAACAACAGGCUGGAACUACACGAGGCAAGACAAUACCUGGAGAGGCAAAAAGCUGAUACCUACUCUGGGAUUCUGAAUUUCCUCUCAGAUGACAUCUCACCUGAAAUAAUGAGGAAGAUCGCCAAACUGUCUGCUUUAGUUUGUGCACCUAAACAUCAGCCGACUGUGAAGGAGAAAAUCAACUUCAUCUAUGUCAAUGUUGUGUUGAGUUGUAUCAAACUGGCAUCACCACACAUUAAGCUCUACCAGAACCUAAUUUCUCUCCUUGGCCAAGUUCUGUGUGAGCAAAUCCCAUUAGGUGAGAUCUUGCCACUGCAAUUCAUUGCAGUUGUGCUGUUGUGGCCACAGCAGCACUGUCCGGAGAUGGUUCUAUCCAAAAGUCUGGGGAAGCACAUCUCACAGAUGAGGACCUCUUAUUACAUGGUGAUGAAGGAAGUGUACAAGGGCAAAUGGCCCAUUGUCCAUUUCAUCCUGGGGAAGAAGCAGGGCUAUGAACGACUGGUACACUUGGAGGAAAUCAAAAGGUGCAUCAGGGGUGGGCAGGAAGAUUUCACCGUAAUGUGGGAAAAUGGAAAAAUAUGGAAAGAGAAGAAGGUGGAGGAGUGCCUUUGCAGGGUCACUGGCCAGGUGAACAACAAGUUGAUUUUGGCAGAUACGUAUAUCCCAGGUCUGAAGUUGGAAAUCGCCCCAAUGUUUCAAAGUCAGCUUAGUGGGUAUGCCCAGGAGUCAGAAGUGUCAUUCUUUAUCGGUUUCUCGAUCAAAGGCCCCGUUGCACUUGACAUUAAGUGAACUUUGAAAGCAGCCUGUUCCAACAUUGUGGACCCAUCGGUGUGAUACACCAUUGUGUACAAAAGAAAAGUGAUAAAGUUGCUUAAUUAAUGAAUUUAACGCAAUGUUAUGUUUCUGUGUGCAUCCCUGGCUCCACACAUUACAUUAUUGACACCAUGUGCUUUUAGCGCAUGUUUGUGCAUGUGAGCGUGCUUCACUGGCUAGCUAGCUCACGGCCGCCACUCUGCACUGCUCUUAUACGGCGCAUACCGCUCGUAGUGCCCACCCCUCUGUUCCCCCUCAGUUAAACACUGUUAGCUCUGGCAGCACUUUCGAGCUUUCGAGUUAGCACCAUUAGCUGCGAGCUGCCGUCUCAGCCGACGCCAUGUUGAGAGUGGUUAGGACACAACAGAAAUGCUCUCAAUCUCUUAUACAGAGAUAUAUUUUUUACCUAUUACCUUUUAUCAUGUUCUCCAUUCACUGAAUAAAUAUGUUGUACAGCAACUUAAUAAUAUUGUUCCAUGAAGUGAAAUAAUCUGCAUCAUACAUUUUAACAUUACAUUUACUAUUGAUUGUUGACAUUUGAUUAUUGAUACAACUAAUUUACAUUAAAUAACCUUUUAAACAAUGUUUUGCUUACACAACAAUGACUCUCUUGUAUUUAAGUCAUCUUCUUUCAAUACAAUAUUGAAAUGUUAAUUUUGUGUUUAUUCAUAAAUUGAUGUUUGAAAAACAACAGUUUUAACUUUUUAUUCAAAUGUCUUUCUUUGCAUACCAUGAAAAACAAUGAUGACAUUGAUUUUUGUAUUAUGUUUUUAAUAAAGAUGAACUGUAACAUGACCGUGUAAGAAGUUAUUUAAAUUGCACUGCACCAUGUGGUGCUAUCCAGUCAAACUCUUGAGAAGCAUUAUCACCAUCCUCAAACUCAGUAUCCCGAGUACAUUGUAGAGCAUUUUACUAAGUCAUUUUGUUUACAUGCCUUAGUUACUAAUAUAUCAUACAGAUACACACAUUUAAUAUAUAUGCUAUAGUACUUCAUUAAGAUAUAUUGUCCAGCUAAGGAUGUUCUUACCUGUAUCACACACAGGAGGGCGCCACAAGCUCAGAGAAGAUAAAACCCAUGCUUUGUGUUUUACAGAGUGUGAUUGCCCAUCAUACAACUUAAACGAAACAAUAGUUGCCUAAGACCGCGAAACAAGAUGAGGAUAUCUAAUAAAAAAAAUCAUUUUAAAGCUAACCUAAAUUCACUAUCUGCAUUAUAAGGGAACAUAAUAGGAAAAUGGCAUUCUUAUGAACUUAUUUACAUAUGUGGCAGAUGACCCUUAUAUGAGUGUUAUAGUUUGAUGUCCUGAAAACCAAAAUUCAUGUUCAAACCAAAGGCUGAGAUGCAAAAAGCAGUUCACAGGAUGCAAAUAUAUUUUAGAAUCCCCUCGUUUAGGGUGCAUAGCAACAAUAGACAGAUGGUUGUAAGUGAACUCGAGGGUGGAGGAGGAGGAUGGUGCGUCCCUGUGGCAGGCGAUGGAGUCGCAGGGUCGCCAAACAGCAGAUCUCCCGCCUCCCUGGUUGAUGGACAGUCUGACUUGCUGUGUCAUCUGAGGUUUGAAUGGUCAUCGGGGAUUAUCUGUUUCUCACUCAGCCGUUUCUAUUGACAGAGACUAGCCCGCUAAAGCUCUUGCAGGGUUGCUGCAGAUGCCGUGUGGCCAUGUGGGUCGUGAUGAAUAGCGAGGUGUGGAGCCUGUUACUGAAUAUGUAUGUUGCUUUCUGGCCUUUGUGAGAGCAGGUUCUCCACCCUCAGGAGACAGGCCUAGUCCGUGUCACAUUGAUCUCAGAGCAGCAGAUGGCUCGACAAGUGACAAACAUCUGUACGAGAUCGUAUGUCCACAUUCGAGGACAGAAAGCAAAUAGACAACAAAUCAUACGCCUCUGUUCAGUUUUAAUAUCUUUUGUCACAUCGAAUUCCAUGAUAUACAGCAUGUUAGGAUAAUGGAGAUACGUUUACACGUGCAAGCACUACUAUUGCCCAAGUAUCUCCAUGCUGUUUCAUCUGUGAAGGCCUUAGUAAGCCGUCGUUUGGCAGGUUUACAAAAUGGCAAUAACGAGCUAAUUUGGUCAUUAGGAUGCAGUGUUUCUGUCUCUCUGCUGUGUCAGUCACGAUGAAUUGAGUCAGAUGUGGCACUGCAACACAUGGCUGAAAAGAAAUCUUCUGUGGAUCAUCUUUUGGGGGUCAAAGGUCACUCCGGUGAUAAGUGUGUCCUUACUUUAGCAUUUGAAAGGGAUACCAAACAGGUGUAGAUUAAAGAGAGAGGGAUGCUUUUUCAGCACUCAAAGAAGGAUGAAGGAUGACCACCUGAGAUGCUUACGAGUGUACUGAAUCUAUACAUUCCGUCACACAUUCUGUGAUUGGCUUUGGUCAGUGAACAGUGUAUUGCUGAGAUUUGCUGCCACCCACACAACCUGAAAUCUGCACCUCUGGCGGCAACAAGGUCCAAGUGACCGAGUGAAACAUGCUUUGCCUGCUUAUCCCUGUCAGAGAUCAGAGUAAUACUACAUCUUCAUUAUGUACGGGCUGGUAAAGUGAAGCAAGCGUGUUACUCUGACAUCCUGCUCUGAAGACUGUAGAGGGUACAUUUCAUUGGAGAAUGUGUUAGAGAAGACAGUAUAAAUUAAGAAAUAAGUUAAAGUUUUGGGAAUAUAAAAUCCACUCACUUUGCAAAUUACAGUGAAAUUAAAAGAGUACUCCACUGUUUCUUUUUCGCAUUUAGCAUUACAACCCUAUGACUUAAUCAGACUCAUGAUGGACAGUU